CGACACCCGCCCCAGAUCUCAGCGCAACUUUCGAUACGCCCAGCGACGACGACAACGACAACCAGCCCUUCAACGGAAUCGCCAGGUAAUUCCUUAAUUCAAGAUGAGUACGUGCACAUUCGACAUUUCACCGAGCGCCGAUGGCCUUUCUCGUCGAAAGAUUCUAGCAGACUGACAACGAUUACAGCGAAGGGUACCUCCAGCUUCGGCAAGCGCCACAACAAGUCUCACACCCUCUGCCGGCGUUGUGGCCGCCGUUCCUUCCACAUCCAGAAGUCGACCUGUGCCAACUGCGGUUAUCCCUCCGCUAAGGUUCGCAAGUACAACUGGAGCGAGAAGGCCAAGAGAAGAAAGACCACCGGCACCGGCAGAAUGAGCCACCUCAAGGAUGUCCACCGUCGCUUCAAGAACGGCUUCCAGGUCGGCACUCCCAAGGGCGCCCGUGGUCCCGAGAACCACUAA